GUUGACCCGGGGCCGUCUGACAACCUUGAAAAACCCUCGUUCUCUUCUCAUCCGAGCGCACAAGUUUCGCCUCCUCGAUCCAAUGUCUCGGCGCUGCGGCCGCACGGCGGCGCUCCUCCUCCUCCUCACCGCCAUCCCCAUCGCCCUACUAUUCUCCCUUGAGCGCUCUGCCAGUGGCUACAGGUACAGCAGUGGUGGUUGGUUCCACGAGUGCGCUAAGUGGGAUGCCUUCGCCGACCGCUUCCUCGUCUCCACCUCCACCUCCGGAACCAUCGGCGAGAUCAUCAUCGGCACCGGUUCAGAGCUGGAGGAGAAGACGGUGGUUUCGGAUGCUGACGUGGCGGGAAACUGGUCUAUGGGGAUCGCCAUUGACCGGCGGCGCAACCGGCUUCUCGUCGUGUACGCCGAUGUGCUCGGAUUAACCUACAGCGGUGUCGCCGCCUACGAUCUCCGCUCGUGGGAACGGAGGUUUCUCAUCCAGCUCGCCAGCAAAGGUGGUGAAAAAUCAGCUGCUAAUGAUGUUGCUGUGGAUGAAGACGGGAAUGCAUAUAUCACCGACGCCAAGGCAAAUAAGAUAUGGAAAAUAGGAUCGAACGGUGAACUGUUAUCUAUAAUACAAAGCGAUGUGUUUGUCCAAAGGAAGGAAUGGUACUACAACUUUGACGGUCUCAAUGGUAUUAUAUACCAUCCGAAUGGUUUUCUUCUUGUUAUGCAUACAGCAAGUGGUCAUCUAUUCAAGGUUGACAUUGCGACGGAAAAUGUGACAAUGGUUAAUGUGAAUGGUUCUAUAUUCAUGGGAGAUGGUUUGGAGCUUCUCUCGCCGACAAAACUAGUUGUCGCUGGUACUCUAUUUACUAAAUUAGUCGAAAGCACAGACGAAUGGAAUACCGCUAUUACCACAGGAAGAUACAUUGGUCCAUUCCACCACAUUUUUACGUCGGCAACAGUGAAGGAUAGUAAGGUAUAUCUUAACCAUGUCAUCGGCAGAAAGAGCUCUCAUUUGAUAUCAGAGGCGAAUUUCACUCCUCUGAACUCAAUCUAAAUGAAAUGUUUGUUGUAAAAUUAUUUAAACAAUUCACAUCUUUUACUUGAUUAGUGAUUCAGAAUGUAGAUUGAAAUGUGAAAUUUAUGCUUUGAUUCAAAGAAGAAGACUGAAGGAAUCCCUUUUGAGUGUAAUUCAAGUGACAGCUCUAGAUAUUUAUAUUGUAUUGUUAUUACAGACUGGAAUCAGUGUCUUGUUUUGAGAAUAGCAUUUGGUUGGCACUGUAUUCAUGUGAUCC